ACAUUCGUACACUUAUGUACUUUUCAAAGUUAAUUUAAAUUAUUUCUCAAAAUGAACGAUAAAGGCAGACUUUUAGUUUUAUAUGGAAGUCAGACAUUUACCGCGCAAGAAGUUGCCGAACGAAUAUGGCGUACAACAAAGAUAUUAGGCUUCAAAGGUCCCGUUCAGGCCAUGGAUGAUUAUCCUAUAUCUCGUUUAAUUCAUGAAGAAUUCGCGAUAUUUGUUUGUGCUACGACUGGUCAAGGAGACGAACCAGAUAAUAUGAGAAGGUUCUGGAAAUUACUCCUCCGAAAAAAUCUCCCUGCGAAUUCUUUAAUGAAACUAAAAUUCGGUGUUCUCGGUUUGGGUGACUCGACAUAUACUAAAUUUAAUUUCGUAGGAAAAAAACUUCAUAAACGACUAAUACAGCUAGGUGCUAAACCUCUCCUUGAUAUAGCUUUAUGUGACUACCAACAUGACUUAGGACAUGAUGCUGUCAUGAUUCCAUGGCUUCGAGACUUUUUUGCAACAAUGAGGGCUUACUUUCCAAAUUUAAAAAUGGAUACACUUAAGACCUCUUUCAUACCAAGAUGGAAAGUUUCAAUAUUGAAAAAAUUGGAAUGUCCUGAUGAAGCCAGCCUUAAUAAAGAUAUUUAUUAUGCAAAAGGUCAUAAGGAUCACUUCCUCGAUGCAACAUAUUUUGAGUUAGAAGAAAAUAAAAGAACAACAGAUGAAACACAUUUUCAGGAUGUAAGACUAAUAACUCUUAAAACAACAAAUGACAGAAUUGAAUAUAAUCCCGGUGAUGUUUUUAAUAUUAGACCUCGGAAUUGUAAAGAGGAUGUUGAUGACCUCUUUAAUAUAUUUCAAACACACAAUAUAGAUAUAAAACCUCAUUAUCACCUCUUAGUUGAAGAAUAUCAUGACGACAUGCCGGUACCGGACUUCCUCAAAGAACCUUUGACUCUAUUCGAAAUAGCAGAACAGUACUGGGAUUUAAAGGCGUAUCCAACACAAUACGUCUUCUCUCUUCUCGCACUAAUCUCCGACGAUAAAUUAGAAAGAGACAAAUGUCUUGAGCUCAGCUCGGCUGAUGGUCAGGAAGACUGGUUGAAUUAUUGUAGAAGACCUAGAAGGACUGUCCUUGAAGUACUGCACGACUUUCACAAAUCAGCCUCUAAGCUUACAAUAGAAAUCAUAUUCGAAUUAUUCUCAACGAUAAAACCGAGGUCGUUCUCCAUCGCGAGCAGUUGUCUCGCGUCUGAGGGGAGGAAGAUAGAACUACUGAUAGUCGUUGUUAAAUAUUAUAGUAAAUUAAAAAAAGCAAGGCUUGGCUUAGCCUCGAACUGGCUGAAAAGUCUCAACGUCGGGGAUAAAGUUUAUGGUUGGAUAAAGAAAGGCACAUUCAAGUUUCCAACAGAUAAUGUCCCCCAUAUAUUUAUAGGGCCCGGCACUGGACUGGCCCCGUUCAGAAGUUUGUUGCAAGAGAAAAUAAUCCAGGGCACAGCUCACAAAGACACAAUGCACCUUUUCUUUGGCUGUAGAUACAAAAACAAGGACUUCCAUUGUCGGGAAGAAUUGGAAAAAAUGGUGGAAGACGGGAAACUGACUAUGUAUUGCGCUUUUUCUAGAGAUCAAGAGAAUAAGAUAUACGUUCAACACAAAAUAGCCGAAUAUAGAAACUUUUUAUGGCAACUUAUAAAUGAAAUGGGAGCUUACAUUUUUAUAUCUGGCAACGCCAAAAACAUGCCGGAUAACGUCCGUGACGCAUUCAUAGAGGACGUAUUUAACAAGAGUGGCAACAUUGAAUUGAACCAAGCUAAAGAAAUUCUUAAUAAAAUGGAGCGAAAUAAUAGGUUGCAAGUUGAAACUUGGUGAUACAUUGUGAUAUUUCAAUACAUUUUUAAUUACAAAGGUUGCAACACAUGUGGUUUGGAGUUAUAUAUUGUCGGGUUGUAAUUAUAUAUAUAAGGACGAAUGUGAUUUUUUAU